GCAAUUAAUAAAAAAAAAAUAUUCCGGUUUAUCUCAUCGUCAUCAUAAACGCCCUUCUCGUCUUGCGGUCAACGUUGUUCUUUUGCUGUUAGAAAAACACACGAUCGGGGUCUUAUCAUUUAGAAAUAUAGAAGUAAAUAAUUAAGACAUCAUUAUGGGUUUGCUGUACGGUUUGGGUUUAAGAAUCAUGAAUUUCAUGGUUGUAUUCCUAAUUGUUAUUCUAUUACCUGGAUUACCGCCACGUACCACCUUUCCAUUCAAGGAAUUCACAGUACCAAAUCCCAGACCUUUAACUGGAGCUCUUGAGCCCAAUUAUCAUUUGGAAGGAGCGGAACGUUUGCUGGAGGGUCGUGUUUAUGGCCCAGAAUGUUUGAUAGCAAAAAAUCGAGAUAUUUACAUGGGCAUUCAUGGCGGUGAGGUUAUUAAAAUAAAUGCCGGUCAUAUUACACAUGUCACUAAAUUGGGACAACCUUGCGAGGACAUAACCGAGGAAUCUCGCUGUGGUCGACCUCUGGGCAUGGUCUUCGAUACACAGGGCAAUAAUUUGCUUAUAGCCGAUGCCUAUUAUGGCAUUUGGCAGGUUGACCUGGGAACGCACAAAAAGAAACUUCUAGUUUCACCACAACAAGUACUGCCCGGCAAAGGUGUUGAUCGCCCUGCCAAAGUUUUCAACGAUGUGGCUGUAGAUAAACAAGGCACCAUUUACUUUACCGAUUCCACCUCUGAUUUUGGACUACAAGAUUUGGUCUUUGCCUCAUUUGCUAAUCCCUCCGGACGUGUUUUCAAAUAUGACCGCAUCAAGAACGAAAGUACUGUUCUCAUGGACAACUUGUUCUUUGCCAACGGUAUCGCUUUGAGCCCGCAAGAAGACUUUUUGGUUAUUGCCGAGACUGGUGCUAUGCGCCUUUGGAGAUACCAUUUGAAGGGCAGCAAAGCCGGUCAAUAUGAAGUCUUUGUCGAUGGUUUGCCUGGUCUGCCCGAUAAUAUAACACCCGACAAUGAGGGUCUUUGGGUGCCAAUGGUGAAUUCAGUCGACGAUCAGCAUCCCAGUGGUUUCAACAUCUUUGCCAACUUCCCCAGCAUUCGUUUGUUUUUGGCUCGCAUGUUGAGUUUGUUCGAAUACCCCUUCAAACUGAUCAACAAUGUCUAUCCCAAUAAGAUUGCUCAACGUUUUGUGCAUUUUAUUGGUCAUGGCGAAAGUAUAAUGCUCUUGAAUCCCAAACGCACCACCAUUGUGCGGGUGGACUGGAAUGGUCAUAUUGUGGGAUCAUUGCAUGGUUUCGACAGGAGUGUGGGUGGCAUUUCGCAUGUUUUGGAAUUCGAUGAUCAUUUGUUGUUGGGCUCACCAUUCAAUCGUUAUUUGGGACGUGUGGCCAAUCCCAAGCCGGCUAGCAAGCAGCAACAGCAACACAAUGUAAAGAUCAACAAUGUGCGUUAUGAGGGUGUGGGUAUCGAACCUGCUGUGAAGCCACCCACGGAGGCGACUACAGCUAAACCUCAAGUGAAGCCCACUACCACGACGACUACACGCAAGCCUAGCACUACCACUACAACGACCACCACCAGCACCACCACCACAACAACUCCCAAACCCAGUACAACACCUAAACCAAGCACCACCACAGCUAAGCCCAGCACAACAACAGCCAAGCCUACAACCACCACUCCCAAGCCCACGACUACAGCUAAACCCAGCACUACCACAGCGGCUCCCAGAAAACCUGCUGCCGGUACCACCCGUGUACCGCCCAAGCAACCGGCUCCCGUAGAGGAAAACCAUUCCCGUGACACUCCGCCUCCAAAAAGGGAAAACCUUAAAGUGAUCAACAAACAUGGUGAACAUGUUGAACUCUAAACAAACUCUUAAUAGAUUUCCCCUGGAACCUCAGACAAAAACAAACACACAAACUUCAAAUCGCUUUAAGCUCUGACAUGGGGUUUCAUCAAAGGCAACGAUAGCUUAAAGUCUAAGUUGAGGUUAUUCUUGAGAGAAUAACCCCCAACCAACCAAAUUUUUUAAAAACAGCAACAGCAAUUCUAACUCAAGCAAACAAAAUGUAAAUACCUAUGAACUACUACGAUUCUCAAUCAAAAGAUGCAGCCAUCAAGACAAGGAGAGAAGAUACAAGCCAGCCAAAAAGUCAGCGGGUCAGCGGCCCGCCUCUGAAGGAUGCUCGCUUAAAUGAACAAUGUUUUCAGAAUAUUUUCUCUGUUAUAGACCUUUUGGGAUAAAGAAAGUGGAAAAUAACACAAAAUCACUUCUAGUUUAAGAUGCCGACUUGACAACAGGUCAAUCGCUAAGAGUAUAUUAAAAUAACUUUAUAUAUAAUUUAUUUAUAUUUCGAUAUUGAAUUUUAGCGUAAAGAAAGAUUAUUUUUUUUUUGUCGAUUAUGGUAGUCAAGUUAUUUCCAGUUCUUUAGUAAAAAAAACAUUCCGAAAUUUUUUUUUUAUAUAUUCUCGCGAUCAGUUUUAUCGUCGUGUUAUUUCCACAGACAACAAACACACAUAUGUAUAAAUGUAUUAAAUACAUCCGAGGAGAAUGAAGUCCUUUUUUGUACCACUACUACCAAUAAAACGUAACAAAACACAAAAAAAAAACAUCAACAACACCA